GCUCAGUAUGCGGCGCUGUGGUUGGCUGGCAGGCGCGGCGGCGGGAUGGCGGCGGCGGCGGCGGGGCUGUCGGGCGGCGACUUCUCGGACCUGCGGGACAUCAAGAAGCAGCUGCUGAGUGUGGCGGAGCGGAGCCGCGAGCGCGGCCUGCAGCACAGCGGGAAGUGGGCCUCUGAGUUGGCCUUCGCCUUGGACCCGCUGCCGCUGAGCGAGCUGCCGCCACCCCCCGCGCUCACAGAGGAGGACGCUCGUGACCUGGAUGCCUAUACGUUAGCCAAGUCUUACUUUGAUUUGAAGGAAUAUGACAGGGCUGCCUAUUUUCUGCGGGGCUGCAAGAGUCAGAAGGCUUACUUCUUGUAUAUGUACUCCAGAUACCUGUCAGGGGAAAAGAAGAAGGAUGACGAGACAGUGGAUAGUUUGGGACCUCUGGAAAAAGGACAGGUGAAAAAUGAAGCUCUACGAGAAUUGAGAGUUGAGCUCAGCAAGAAACACAAGGCGAGGGAACUAGAUGGAUUUGGCCUUUAUCUGUAUGGUGUCGUGCUGCGAAAGCUGGACCUGGUGAAAGAAGCAAUUGAUGUGUUUGUCGAAGCUACCCAUGUCUUGCCUUUGCACUGGGGAGCCUGGCUAGAACUUUGCAACUUGAUUACAGAUAAAGAGAUGUUGAAGUUCCUGUCCUUGCCAGACACAUGGAUGAAAGAGUUCUUUCUUGCACACAUUUAUACAGAGCUGCAGCUGAUAGAGGAGGCUCUGCAGAAGUAUCAGAGUCUCAUUGAUGCAGGAUUUUCCAAAAGCACGUACAUCAUCUCUCAGAUUGCAGUUGCCUACCAUAAUAUCCGAGAUAUUGACAAAGCUUUAUCCAUCUUUAACGAGCUAAGGAAACAAGACCCCUACAGGGUAGAAAACAUGGACACUUUCUCCAACUUGCUGUAUGUAAGGAGCAUGAAGCCUGAGUUGAGCUACCUGGCUCACAAUCUCUGUGAGAUAGACAAGUAUCGUGUUGAGACCUGCUGUGUAAUUGGGAAUUAUUAUAGCUUGCGUUCCCAGCAUGAAAAAGCAGCGCUCUAUUUCCAGAGGGCUUUGAAACUGAAUCCUCGUUACCUGGGAGCCUGGACACUUAUGGGGCAUGAGUAUAUGGAAAUGAAGAACACAUCUGCAGCUAUCCAAGCUUAUAGGCAUGCAAUAGAAGUGAACAAAAGAGACUACAGAGCCUGGUAUGGCUUGGGGCAAACCUAUGAAAUCCUCAAGAUGCCAUUUUACUGUCUCUAUUACUACCGACGGGCUCACCAGCUCAGGCCAAACGAUUCUCGAAUGCUGGUUGCUCUAGGAGAGUGCUAUGAGAAACUCAAUCAGUUGGUGGAAGCUAAAAAGUGCUACUGGAGAGCUUAUGCUGUGGGAGAUGUGGAGAAAAUGGCACUGGUGAAGCUAGCAAAGCUGCACGAACAGUUGAAUGAAUCUGAACAGGCAGCUCAGUGCUAUAUCAAAUACAUCCAGGAUAUUUAUUCCUGUGGGGAGAUAGUAGAGCAUCUGGAGGUCAGCACUGCCUUCCGUUACCUGGCCCAAUACUACUUCAAGUGUAAGCUCUGGGAUGAAGCCUCAGCGUGUGCUCAGAAAUGCUGUGCUUUCAAUGAUACUAGAGAAGAAGGAAAGGCCUUGCUGCGGCAGAUCUUACAGCUUCGCAACCAAGGAGAAACAUCAUCCACAGAUAUUGCUGCUCCCUUCUUCCUCCCGGUGUCAUUGUCGGCCAACAACACUCCGACACGUCGCGUCUCCCCACUCAAUUUGUCUUCUGUAACACCAUGAACAGUGCCAGUACUUCUGACCUCUGCAUUGGACGUGACAUUGCAGAGAGGGCUUGUAACCACUUAUUUCUUCCCAGUGAAAUGUCUACACUGAUUUCUACCUUCCUGUGAAGGGAAGGGGUUACUAGAGCCCACAGCUGAAGACAGAUGAGCACCAGCAAGCAAAGAUGGCGCCAAUGUGAAAGUGUCUAUACUGAGACAUGAGAAACCACAGAGCUUCUCACCAAGUCAUCCCAGUCAGAGGGCAAACAUGUUCCAGUAGACAGGACUGCUCCUGCCGGAGGGAGAGGAGAGAGCUUAUCUGCUUGAGUUCAAAUGUAUUCAAAGUCUGAUUCUGCCUUGUUACCUCUGGUCUUCACUGAACUCAUUUGGAUGACCUCUUAGUGAUAUCCUUUCUGUCUGCACCAGAAAUUGGCUAUUUAAGGACUUUGGUUUGUCUUGAACUACACAGAUGUUCCACUAAAGCAGUAGAUACAGGCACUUAAAUGUGCUGUGUCUCUGUGGAAGGACGGAGAAGUAUCAGAGGAAUUCCAAGUAGCCAAAGCUCACAGCUGUUUGCCAUUCUGUCUGUGCAUCUGACAGUUACUUGGCUUUCAGUGAAAAAGCAGACAGUGUGAUAGCACAAUUAAAAAACCUAAUGGUUAA